UGUUACUAGGUUUGGAACAAGAAGAAUCGUGGACGCUCCUGGCACCUGGCCCUGUUCGUAAUCGUAGGAACUGUGUACCAAGAUUUGAUUGGGUUAAGGAUCAAACAGUUGAGUUGCUUGUUCAAUGAGCUUGAAAUGCACAUCUUUACCCAUCUAAGGUCAAAAUCCUAAAUUUCCAGAUCUGGAAGUGGAAGCUAGCUCAUAAAAAUGACAGUGCUAAUCGACUCCUCCAUUUGGGAACCAAAUCCCUCACUCUAUUUCUUCAUUUUCAUCUCUUGCUUCUUCUCUAUCGCUUUCUUCCCUCACUUUUCAAGAACCAACAAAUCUCUAUCUCCAUCGCCCUUCGAUCAUGGCAUCUCUUCUUCUUCUUCUUCUUCUUCUUCUUCUUCUUUACUUCGUUUCCAGCGAAAGUUUCUCUUUGUCUUCUCCCUCGCUUCAGUGAUGGAAGGGCUCUGGUCGGUGUUUGGAGAGUUUGAAUUGGCUCACUAUGGAGUUAGCAAGGAGGAGAUGGCAACGUCUCUUUGUGUUGGAUAUGGAGCUGCUCUUCUUGUCGGUACCUUCUUAGGGAUGAUCUCUGAUUUAAUAGGACACAAUAAAGCUUGUUUGAUCUUUUGCAUCCUACACCUCUGUGUUGGCAUAUGGAAGAGGAUUAUGCCACAUCCUAGCAUCUGGUUAGCAAGUAUAUGUUUGUCCCUUGCCUCCUCAAUAUUUUCAUUCAGUUUCGAGGCAUGGGUAGUUGUCGAAAAUGAAAAGCAAGGACACGGACAAGAUACUUUGAGUGACACAUUUUGGUUAAUGACUUUUUUUGAGUCAGCAUCAUUAAUUGGAAGCCAGGUGCUUGCAAAUUGGCUGUUAGGUAGUAAUCCGGAAACAGGCAUGGUAUCUUCUUACACUGCAGCCAUCUUUCUGGCAAUGAUAGGUAUCAUCUGUAUCAGCAAAGCAUGGAAAGAAACCACACAAAAUGCUCCCAUUAAAGAUUAUGGGAUAUCUUACACACUUAUCUUUAGUGAUAAAAGAAUGUGGCUGCUGGGAUUUGCACAUGCUUGCCUUCAGUUCUCUAUUGCAGUCUUCUGGAUUCUGUGGGCCCCAACAUUGGUGGCUGAUGGACGAGCAGUGUAUCUAGGGCUGAUACAUCCAUGCUUGCUGGGAGCAAGAAUGCUGGGAAGCACAGUAUUUCCAUGGUUGUUGAGUGGUCCAUCAUCUCUUAGAACUGAGGAUUGCCUAGUGUACGCGUUCAUUGUACUAGGGUUCACCUUGUCAAUUGUGGCUUAUGAUUAUCAGGAAAUUGCAAUUCUAGUAUCACUGUUCUGCUUAUUCCAUGCUGUUGUAGGCCUGAUUAUACCUUCACUUGCAAGAUUGAGGACCAUGCAUGUGCCAAAUGAGUUGCGUGGAGGAAUGAUAAGCCUUUCUCUAGCUCCUGCAAAUGCAGCUAUUCUGUUUUUGCUGAUGCAAAGAGGCUAUUAUCAGAAAAUUGAGAAUUCAACUAUGAUGGCGUUUGCUGCUCUUGGGCUUUUCUUAGCAGCUGGUUGCAUGCAUUUGUUGAAGCAAUGGGGAAAGCAGCCAUACCAGAACUGGCACGAGUUAUGAUUUCAACAACUCCAUUAUACACCAAGCUCAGCGCUACAAUUGAUAUCAUCUUAACUUAGAUGGUAAUUGAGGUGAAGGAGGAAAUUGUGUGCCCUCGAGACAUAGAGAGGCAGGCAAGAAGGUCCAAUGUCAUAUAUAUUGCCAGUUAAGGGAGGGUGCAGCCAUUCCAAGCUGAAUACACAUUAUGAGCUAGCCGAGAGCAACUUACAUUGGAGAUUUUUUAUUCGAUGUUCAUUCAUGCAAAGUGUACUUAGCGCAGUUGAAUCUUGGAUUUUUCAGCUCCCCUAAUAUUUAGUUAUUUAUUUAUU